AUGAGGCGGCCAGCGAGCGCCACACCAGCCCGCAGCGCGGUGUCAGUGGCAUUCCGCGAUGACCUUGCAAAGAAAACCCCGCCGAGUGCUACAAGGAACGACCGCUCCCUCAGCUCCAACGGCAGUCGGUGGGCAACGGAAUCUCAACUCGCUAUUUGCAAGAAUCCGUCAUUUCCUAUUCAGCAGACCGCCCCCAAGCCGUACCUGGCUGCGUGCGCAGAAAUCACACCGAAGGGUCGCAACUGGAAUGCCGAGUUUCAGCUGGCCUGGGAGAUGGAGAGCGACACGAUCGAGCAAGCGGAGCUUCGGCUGCGCAUUCUUCAUCAGAUUGAGCGCGACUUCGAGGGGGAGGCGGCAGGCACAAUUGUCAAGAUCGUGCGGUUAGAGAAUGACAUGCCGGCGGAACUGCUCAACUUUGUGCAGUGCUUCAGGGUGCGCAACAUUUUUUUUCGUAUUCUGCCGGACAGUCGCUCUGGGCGAAACUACAUUGCUUCCUUGCGUGGGAUUCUGCAGAGCGACAGCCACCUCCUCUCGGUGCCGCUCUCCACCAUGUUCUACUACCGAGGCAUGCCGGUGCUAGCCCAGGCGCUCGUGCCCAUGACGAAGCGACCGAAGCGGCUUUACGGGGUGAAUUCCACCAACGAUGUCGAGGUCGAGGCUGAGCUUGUGUUUGUCGCGGAGGCGCUCCACAUUCCGCUUCCUGACACCGGCAUAGAGGUCUACGAGGCGCUGGAUGGGCGCUACUACGUCACCAACUCGAACGCAACGCUGACGCCGCUGUUUGUGGACGACACGAUCAUGAAGCGCCAGGAAAUGCUGCGGAUAUGCCCCGAGGUGGUCGAGGGCGCCGACAACACGAUGGAGGUGCUGGACGAUAGGGCCCUCCAGGAAACUGUUCUCCAAGUAUGUUGCAGAUCCACCACUGCGACUGCUUCUGCCACCCUCACUCAGGUAUGUGAAUCUCUCCACGCUCGCGGUGUUAACUUGUGCCUUCUCAAGCAGGUAGCGCACCGGCUACUGUUUGCCGGUCACUGCGAUGUACGUGCGGUGGAACAGACGGUGCAGUUGCUUGCGUGUGAGAUGCUCUGCCGCUCAGUAAAGCAGGAGUUCUACAUCGAGAUCCAAGGUAAACGCAUGGCGUACGACGAGCUUUUUCUGACGCGCACCCUCUCCAAAUACUUUGCAUUGGUGUUCGCUCCCCCGCCGCAGUUCCGCGCCAAAUUCCUUGACGUGGUCUCAAAAAAGUACGGCAUCACAGCCGAGGAUGAAUAUCUCAUCGACGUGCUCAUCUCCUUCAGGACAGAGUGGAAGCAGCGCAUCAUGGACCGCGUGUGCCACCUACUCGGCGCCACGAUUCGCAAAGAGAACGGCACCAUGCAAGUGACGUGGAGGCCCUUCGCGAACGCGUCCGUAAUACCACAAUUGGUGGACCCGGGGGUGGCAAUACAAUUGGCAGCGGUGUACAACCGUGUGCGCACGGACCCGCCGCACUGGUACGCGUUCUGCCUGCCUCUGCACUGGAAGGUGGCGUGCUGGCAGCACAACUUUGCCGAAGCACUUAGCCUCGUGCGCGAGGACGCCGCCGCGCAGGAGGAGCGCACCGGUCCGCAGCAGCUCAUCCGCUUGAUGAUGGAGCGCUCGGUCUGCCACGUGUCUUUUCAGACGCGUGACUGGCAGUGCAUUCAGGACGGGCGGUCGCGCUUCCCAUCAGUACUAGCGGGGUACGAGCAAUGGGCUAGCCACAAGACCCAGGGGCGCCGCUGUAUCGAAUACGGCUUUUGGCUCGUCGACGUAGCAGAGGCGCUGACGGAGGCGCCGGCAGAGCUGCGCAGCUGCGUUGAGGAGGCCGUGCACUACUUUUACAACGCCAUCGCGCGCAUGCCAGCUUAUUUGCGCAGCGAGCACGGCGCGUGGCUGCACCUGCAGCCCUACAUGGGUCUUCUGCGCUGCAAGAAGCUGCUGCCCUCGUGCUCCGUUGACACACAUGCUCUUGUCCAGCAUUCAGUGGAGCUGAGCAAGGUGGGCUGGGCCUCCGAUUUCUUCAUCAACUACCUCAGUGAGUUGGGCCGGCAACUGGAGUACGAGGGGAACUUCGCAGACGCCAUUCAGGUGCUGCUGACAGCAAUCUCGCUGUCGAAGGAAAAGCCAACAUUUGCGCCCGAUUUGCACACGCUUCUCGCCGACGCUGCCCAUGUCUACCGAUCCUGGGAUCUUCGCACGCACGCCGACGCGUGCAUUGAGCUCACGAACGAAGCCAUCCGCUACGCCGCCAAGUACUACGGCGUAGAAAGUCGUGAGUACGGUGUUGCCCUCAACAACCGUGGCUCUAUCGAGACCGAACUCGACUGGUUCGACCGCGCUGAGGAGACGCUGCGCAACGCUGGGGCCGCUUUGAGCGCAGCGGGUGUUCCACACGGCGACCCCGACUAUGUCGCCUACGCGCGCAACCUCGAGACGCUGUGGCGGCGGCGGCACCCGAGCCAGCCACGGCCCACCCAUCUCCCCGGGUUUCUGCGUCGCUUUCCUUUCUUGGAGUCCGCCUGCGAAGGCGUCCCAUGGGACGACGUUCGGCCUAUCGAGGACGGCCGCUUUGCAGCGCUGGCGCGGGAGCGUGCGCAGGAGGCUGAUGGGACCAAGGAAGCAUACCGUCUGGAGGCUGAUAUGAAACAGCGGGUCGGUGAGAUAUUCCGACUUCUCUUGUCCGGCGCGACGCUCAAGCAGUACCCAUUUCUACCAGCGCAGAUGGAAGGUGUGUACGUGGAAGGCCUUUCACUCAUGUAUGACCGAAUAUUCCUCGAGUUGGCGACACAGUGGCACCAUACGCCGGCGGCGUCUCCAGCCCGCCACCUGCAAGAGCGUCGCAUGAUCGCAUACGUAUCGGUCAAGGCCCGGCGCACGGAAGACCGCCGCGUCUACGAGCAUCACGUAGAGGACACAUUCCUGGAGCUUUUCGGCACAUCCGUCAAUGCGCUGCUUCCUGUGGAUUUCUCUGAGGUGGUGGAGGAUGCUGAGGUACAGUCGCUGAUGAACGAGUACGAGCGAUUGAAGGCACACCGCGCACCUGCGGCGGAGUUGGACGAGGCACAGGCACGUAUUGGCCAACGUGUAGAUGCCUUUGAGUCAGAGCAGUGGGGUUGGCGCCAAUCGAUCUCGGCUUGGGUCCCGGAGACAUUGCUGCACUCCUGCUUCCUGCGCGACUUUUCUCGCGAUGGCGCACUCCGUGACUUGCUGGUCGCGCGCCAACACGCCACACACACCGGAGAGAUCGUGAUACCACAUGACAUUCUGGAGGCUCGUAUCGAGGCCCUAUGCGUGUCCAUCUGGGAGCGUGGACAGCUCGAUCGUCUGUACUGCCGCUCUGAAUCACACCAGCUGCAGCAGCGCUACCGUCUGUCCUCGCCUCGUGUGCAUCUCCAGCCCCUCAGCGCCAUCUUUGAAGAUCUGCUCGAGCCGUGGAGUACGAGUCUGUACGCCUCCACCGACCUAGACGACCGCGAUCGUGUGGUUGCCGCGGUGCACCGGCGCGGAAGGCUCAACACUGAUGCUGAAUAUCUUGAGCAGUGGUACCCGCGCCUCCGUGGGACGCAGUGCCCAACAUGGAUGCUGGUGGGUCUGCCUCACCGCUUCGACGCCGCAUACCAACGUGAGCGACUGCAGUGGCAAGCGAGCGACGGCAGCACCAGUGCUGCGGCAUUGGUACGCCUUCGCCAAUACCUGGCCUUCAUCCACACCCGUGCACACAAAGCUCGCGUUGGUGUGAUGCGGGGCCGUAUCCGAGCGGAAGCGAUGUACCCCUUUCUGUGUUUGCGCUACGACGGUGUACAUGUGCUGGAUUUGGCUCUGGGCGAAGAUCAGAUCUUUUGUGAGCACUACGCCGACUACACGCGGCUGUCCAGCGAGUCGAAGCUGUCUGCGCGGCGGCUGCAAUCCUGCGAAGAGCGUAUGAAGGCACGUGCGGCGGUUUUGGCGCAGCAGCUGCGCGAACGAGAGGCAGCACUGCAGCACCGUUUCGGCAGCUACCUACGCAGCAGCGACGCCCCUCUGCAGUGGUCGAGCACCUUUAUCGAGUACACCCCACGUGUCCUGCAGUGUGAGCAGUACCAUCUCGCUCACAGCAAGGAGGUGGCGGGCUCAAAAGCGGCGCGCGACUCUGCACGGUGCGCGCACAGAGUUCGCCGGUACAUACGGCACAUGUCACAGGACCAGUUCCAGCGGCGCCUAAUACGUGGAAGCUACGUCGAAGAGAUCGCUGAGCGUUGCCCGUAUCUAUCGCUCAUGCCUAUCGCCUCCGUUUCGCUGUCCACGCUUCCUUUCGAGUGCCGGCACGAGUUCCGCAUGCUGCACGCGACGCUUUUCGAGCCCCUCCGCGACACCCACGAGGACAUGAAGGGCAAUCCGAAAAGAAGAAGCGAAGCAGCGACGGUGCCAGUGCCGCCUCUUUGCGCAUCUCUUCCCGCUUAUCAGUCGGAGUCUGUUUUGACCAAGACCCACCAGCUGACCUGCAUUGUAGAGGAGAUGGCUCAGGAAGAGUUUGAUGCUCAGCUGCGGUUGCUGAAGAUGUUUCCCGGUAUUCCUCACGCGGUUCUCGGGGUUCCGACGACACAGCUAGUGCUUCCGCCCAACUUUGAGCAGCAGUGGUCCAUAGCGGCGAAGGAGGGCUUCAAUGGCCCUUCCACACCCGCAGUGUACUCAGCUCUCGUGGAGUGCGCUACGUUCGCUCGUGCCCUGCCGCUCGCAAGGCAAUACCUCGACGAGCUGAGUCUUACAUCGCAACCAUUUCUCCUUUACACAACGCGCCAGUGUGUCUCUCUCCGUCACCUGCCCCUGCGCGACGAUGAACGGUACUCUGCACUGCUCAAAACGUAUGGUGCGCUAUUAGUGCGGAGCCCGCCAACGUCACCAGAGUGCUCUCUUCAGCGCGUGCGCCUGGCAGCUCGCGCAGACCAACUCGCGCUGCGGGCCACUCGACAGUGGGACCGCCUCCUCCGUCAGUUCCCUCAGCCCCCUGCCUUGAGCGACGACCAGCUCGUCCACCUGCAAAAGCAUCCAUCGAUGCUUCGAACUGCGCGGCGUGCACCCGACACAACGAUAGACCCACAUACAACUCAAGCCAUCCUACAGGAGCUUGAUAAUCAGCAGCGACAAGAUACAGACAAGGCGAUCGCCAACGCAGAACUCCACACCGACCUAUCCUUCCUUCACUCAUCAACGGAAGCACAGGACGUGACAGGAGAUUCGACACUUCUCCAGUCCUACGAAACAGUCAAGCGAACCCUCCACACACCAUCGCCGUUGGACGAUCACGAAACCCACACCGAGAACAAAACCCAUAACAACACAAUGGAACUCACUGAAGACGUGCCAUCGUCGAUAAUACACUCAGCAACCGGCUCCCACCAUCCAAAGCACACAAUGUCGCGAGUUGCACCCGAGGCGAUACCGUCUCAAUCUGACGCCUCUAAAAACUUCACCUCCAGCUACCCGUUCCUACGGCUGCAGGAGGAGGAGGGGUGGGUGGAGGCGCUCGCGGCGGACGAGGCGUUCCAGCGUCUCGCUGCGGAGUACGCGGACCUGGUGUGCGACCCGAAAAAAAACGCUGCCGCGCUUCGCGGUGUGGAGGACGCGAUGAACGAGCGCGGCGACGCUGUUGCGGCGACGCUGCGGCGCGCUGCUGCGAUGGACGAGCUGGCGUCGCGCUACCCGUUCCUACGGCUGCACGAGGAGGAGGGGUGGGUGGAGGCGCUCGCGGCGGACGAGGCGUUCCAGCGUCUCGCUGCGGAGUACGCGGACCUGGUGUGCGACCCGAAAAAGAACGCUGCCGCGCUUCGCGGUGUGGAGGACGCGAUGAACGAGCGCGGCGACGCUGUUGCGGCGACGCUGCGGCGCGCUGCUGCGAUGGACGAGCUGGCGUCGCGCUACCCGUUCCUACGCCUGCACGAGGAGGAGGGGUGGGUGGAGGCGCUCGCAGCGGACGAGGCGUUCCAGCGUCACGCUGCGGAGUACGCGGACCUGGUGUGCGACCCGAAAAAGAACGCUGCCGCGCUUCGCGGUGUGGAGGACGCGAUGAACGAGCGCGGCGACGCUGUUGCGGCGACGCUGCGGCGCGCUGCUGCGAUGGACGAGCUGGCGUCGCGCUACCCGUUCCUACGCCUGCACGAGGAGGAGGGGUGGGUGGAGGCGCUCGCGGCGGACGAGGCGUUCCAGCGUCACGCUGCGGAGUACGCGGACCUGGUGUGCGACCCGAAAAAGAACGCUGCCGCGCUUCGCGGUGUGGAGGACGCGAUGAACGAGCGCGGCGACGCUGUUGCGGCGACGCUGCGGCGCGCUGCUGCGAUGGACGAGCUGGCGUCGCGCUACCCGUUCCUACGCCUGCACGAGGAGGAGGGGUGGGUGGAGGCGCUCGCGGCGGACGAGGCGUUCCAGGGCCUGGCUGCGGAGUACGCGGAUCUGGUGUGCGACCCGAAAAAGAACGCUGCCGCGCUUCGCCGUGUGGAGGACGCGAUGAACGAGCGCGGCGACGCUGUUGCGGCGACGCUGCGGCGCGCUGCUGCGAUGGACGAGCUGGCGUCGCGCUACCCGUUCCUACGCCUGCAGGAGGAGGAGGGGUGGGUGGAGGCGCUCGCAGCGGACGAGGCGUUCCAGCGUCACGCUGCGGAGUACGCGGACCUGGUGUGCGACCCGAAAAAGAACGCUGCCGCGCUUCGCGGUGUGGAGGACGCGAUGAACGAGCGCGGCGACGCUGUUGCGGCGACGCUGCGGCGCGCUGCUGCGAUGGACGAGCUGGCGUCGCGCUACCCGUUCCUACGCCUGCACGAGGAGGAGGGGUGGGUGGAGGCGCUCGCAGCGGACGAGGCGUUCCAGCGUCACGCUGCGGAGUACGCGGACCUGGUGUGCGACCCGAAAAAGAACGCUGCCGCGCUUCGCGGUGUGGAGGACGCGAUGAACGAGCGCGGCGACGCUGUUGCGGCGACGCUGCGGCGCGCUGCUGCGAUGGACGAGCUGGCGUCGCGCUACCCGUUCCUACGCCUGCAGGAGGAGGAGGGGUGGGUGGAGGCGCUCGCAGCGGACGAGGCGUUCCAGCGUCACGCUGCGGAGUACGCGGACCUGGUGUGCGACCCGAAAAAGAACGCUGCCGCGCUUCGCGGUGUGGAGGACGCGAUGAACGAGCGCGGCGACGCUGUUGCGGCGACGCUGCGGCGCGCUGCUGCGAUGGACGAGCUGGCGUCGCGCUACCCGUUCCUACGCCUGCACGAGGAGGAGGGGUGGGUGGAGGCGCUCGCAGCGGACGAGGCGUUCCAGCGUCACGCUGCGGAGUACGCGGACCUGGUGUGCGACCCGAAAAAGAACGCUGCCGCGCUUCGCGGUGUGGAGGACGCGAUGAACGAGCGCGGCGACGCUGUUGCGGCGACGCUGCGGCGCGCUGCUGCGAUGGACGAGCUGGCGUCGCGCUACCCGUUCCUACGGCUGCACGAGGAGGAGGGGUGGGUGGAGGCGCUCGCGGCGGACGAGGCGUUCCAGCGUCUCGCUGCGGAGUACGCGGAGCUGGUGUGCGACCCGAAAAAGAACGCUGCCGCGCUUCGCGGUGUGGAGGACGCGAUGAACGAGCGCGGCGACGCUGUUGCGGCGACGCUGCGGCGCGCUGCUGCGAUGGACGAGCUGGCGUCGCGCUACCCGUUCCUACGCCUGCACGAGGAGGAGGGGUGGGUGGAGGCGCUCGCGGCGGACGAGGCGUUCCAGGGCCUGGCUGCGGAGUACGCGGAGCUGGUGUGCGACCCGAAAAAGAACGCUGCCGCGCUUCGCGGUGUGGAGGACGCGAUGAACGAGCGCGGCGACGCUGUUGCGGCGACGCUGCGGCGCGCUGCUGCGAUGGACGAGCUGGCGUCGCGCUACCCGUUCCUACGCCUGCAGGAGGAGGAGGGGUGGGUGGAGGCGCUCGCAGCGGACGAGGCGUUCCAGCGUCACGCUGCGGAGUACGCGGACCUGGUGUGCGACCCGAAAAAGAACGCUGCCGCGCUUCGCGGUGUGGAGGACGCGAUGAACGAGCGCGGCGACGCUGUUGCGGCGACGCUGCGGCGCGCUGCUGCGAUGGACGAGCUGGCGUCGCGCUACCCGUUCCUACGGCUGCACGAGGAGGAGGGGUGGGUGGAGGCGCUCGCAGCGGACGAGGCGUUCCAGCGUCACGCUGCGGAGUACGCGGAGCUGGUGUGCGACCCGAAAAAAAACGCUGCCGCGCUUCGCGGUGUGGAGGACGCGAUGAACGAGCGUGGUAAAUGGCUUGGAGCGCUGCUUUCUGCUGCCGCGCUUCGCGGUGUGGAGGACGCGAUGAACGAGCGCGGCGACGCUGUUGCGGCGACGCUGCGGCGCGCUGCUGCGAUGGACGAGCUGGCGUCGCGCUACCCGUUCCUACGGCUGCACGAGGAGGAGGGGUGGGUGGAGGCGCUCGCGGCGGACGAGGCGUUCCAGGGCCUGGCUGCGGAGUACGCGGACCUGGUGUGCGACCCGAAAAAGAACGCUGCCGCGCUUCGCGGUGUGGAGGACGCGAUGAACGAGCGCGGCGACGCUGUUGCGGCGACGCUGCGGCGCGCUGCUGCGAUGGACGAGCUGGCGUCGCGCUACCCGUUCCUACGCCUGCACGAGGAGGAGGGGUGGGUGGAGGCGCUCGCGGCGGACGAGGCGUUCCAGCGUCACGCUGCGGAGUACGCGGACCUGGUGUGCGACCCGAAAAAGAACGCUGCCGCGCUUCGCGGUGUGGAGGACGCGAUGAACGAGCGCGGCGACGCUGUUGCGGCGACGCUGCGGCGCGCUGCUGCGAUGGACGAGCUGGCGUCGCGCUACCCGUUCCUACGCCUGCAGGAGGAGGAGGGGUGGGUGGAGGCGCUCGCAGCGGACGAGGCGUUCCAGCGUCACGCUGCGGAGUACGCGGACCUGGUGUGCGACCCGAAAAAGAACGCUGCCGCGCUUCGCGGUGUGGAGGACGCGAUGAACGAGCGCGGCGACGCUGUUGCGGCGACGCUGCGGCGCGCUGCUGCGAUGGACGAGCUGGCGUCGCGCUACCCGUUCCUACGCCUGCAGGAGGAGGAGGGGUGGGUGGAGGCGCUCGCAGCGGACGAGGCGUUCCAGCGUCUCGCUGCGGAGUACGCGGAGCUGGUGUGCGACCCGAAAAAGAACGCUGCCGCGCUUCGCGGUGUGGAGGACGCGAUGAACGAGCGCGGCGACGCUGUUGCGGCGACGCUGCGGCGCGCUGCUGCGAUGGACGAGCUGACGUCGCGCUACCCGUUCCUACGGCUGCACGAGGAGGAGGGGUGGGUGGAGGCGCUCGCAGCGGACGAGGCGUUCCAGCGUCACGCUGCGGAGUACGCGGAGCUGGUGUGCGACCCGAAAAAGAACGCUGCCGCGCUUCGCGGUGUGGAGGACGCGAUGAACGAGCGCGGCGACGCUGUUGCGGCGACGCUGCGGCGCGCUGCUGCGAUGGACGAGCUGGCGUCGCGCUACCCGUUCCUACGGCUGCACGAGGAGGAGGGGUGGGUGGAGGCGCUCGCAGCGGACGAGGCGUUCCAGCGUCACGCUGCGGAGUACGCGGAGCUGGUGUGCGACCCGAAAAAAAACGCUGCCGCGCUUCGCGGUGUGGAGGACGCGAUGAACGAGCGUGGUAAAUGGCUUGGAGCGCUGCUUUCUGAGAAAGGAUUUCGUGAUCUUGUGGACGGCGUGGUUGUGGCGGAAAGUAGAUAUCGGGAGAAAAUUAGAAGCUCGGAGGUAGAAUGGCGUGGGGGCGUGUCUGUUUCAGCUUUGUUGGAAGGUGAGAGUGCGGAGCGAAAUUGGAUUUUUUUACAGGAAGCGGAGAGGUUGUCUAAUCUUCAGAGGUUGUUGUGCUCUUCGCGCUCUGCAGUCUCCGCGGCCAUGCAGGCACGUUUUCAGAAGGAGUUUGCAGAGUGUGUAGCGGAGGAGGUGGCAGGUCGCAAGCGUGUGCAGUUUGAGGCGCAGGAUAGUAUCGCGUCAGUGGCGGUAGAGUUCAAGCAGCAAGAGGAGGAGACCAUGCGGUGUGCCAUAGUCGCUGUGGAGGAGUCUGCUGCACUUGAGCUUGCUGACGCUGCGUUGCGCGAUCGUGGUGCGGCAGCGGAGCUGAUGCGCUUGCGCCUCUACCGGACGCUGGCGGACUGCGAGGCAAUGGAGGGCGAGUUGCGUGGUCAAGUGGCAGCUGAUGAGGAAGCAACUCGUUUCAGUUUAGCUGCGCCUUUCGUCAUGUGCGAGGAGACUCUGCAACGUAAAGUCAUCCAGUCGCAUGAGCAGCAGUUGACGGUGCAGCUGACUAUGCGAGAGGAUUGUGAGCGCGAGGUCGUUGUGCGCAAGAUGCAUUCGCGACUGACUGCCUUCAUUGAGUCUUGUGUGAAGGAGGAGGCGGAUUCACGAAGUGCGCUGGAGUUGUCGGAGACGAGUACGCGCGACACUCUCGCUAAAGAUGCGAAGAAACACAUAGAGGCGCUUUCAUUAGCAGCUUCAUGGAAAAGCUCUCUGCUCCAAGACGAGGCGCUGGCCCGUGAGGGGGUUGAGCUCGAUGAGAAGGGCAUCCGAGAGUCCCUGAAAGGCGAGUGGCAGCUGAUACGAGAGAGCCUGGCAUCAAAGCUCCGGGGGGCCACGGAGCCCCGCAAGACUCACGCGAAACUCAAAGCUACAAAGGCAUUGCCGCCGAUGAAGGAGAACUCGCCUGCCGUUGCCCUCUCCCCUGAACAGUCAGUUGCCCUUUUGCAGCGGGUUGGUCGGGGCCGUCUACUGCGAAGGAGGCUCCAGAAGCGUUUGGAGAAUCGGCGCCGUGAUAUCCUCAAGCAGGGUGUGAGCCAUAUUCUCGCGGAGGAGUUUACGGGGAGACGCACUAUUGUGGGGGAUGAGUACUUGCAGCGACAAGGCUUGCGUAAUCAGUACGAUCGUGCGGUUCCCAUGACACACUAUGAUGACCCGGUUGAUGUGGCGCUGCAGCAGCUGAUGAUAGCAGAGGAGUCUGAGCGCGACAAUAUCCUCAGCGACUACAUUCUCGCCCGUGGUGCCAUUGAGCGGGCAGAGCACAAGCAGUUUCUCAAACAGAAGGCGCUCUUGUGGGUCUCUGGGGCACCUGAGUCCUCUGAUGACGACGAGGUGGCCGAUCUGCACUCGUCAGACCUCCACGGUACUGACAGCACUCUGACGGCUGGAAGCUGGGAAAACCGCUCUCGAACUCGAUACAAGGGAUUCGAACUGGACGCCCUCGGUCGCUUCUUGCUCGACUACGAGAAGGACAUCAACCAAAUGCAGACGGCGCUGGCCGACUUCCGCCGCUUUGUGGCCAUCGUGCACGACCAACUGAAGGAUGCCCGAGAUCGCGCGGCGCAGGAGAUUGUGCGCGGUGGCACAGGCGCUAUUUGGGUGCCUGCGCGUCCGCUCCCCCUCGCAGAUCUUGUGAGGGGCCCCAAUACUCAGUACGAGGGCAAACGGGCUCAUCGAACUCUGUAG